UAUAUUAUUUAAUACAUAAAUUACCUUACAAGGUAUAUAUGUAAAUCUACUAAAUCGUUCCAUUCCAAAUUACCGCAACAAAAAAUGUGUCACAUCUACAUUACAAUUGAUGGGGAUGGUAUUAUAAGUACUGAUCUUUGACAUGCGGAUAAAUCACCUGGAAAUCGGGAUGACGAAUUAUAAUUUGAUGAAAAGACGUAAUAACAGUCUUUGUGUAAAGUAUUAAAUCAGUUGACUCUAAGAUUUUAAUAAAUAUUGGCUUUAAAGUUAUUGAUAUUGUGUUUACCAAACUUGAAAGUGAAGAUUUUUCUCAUCGUUUUUUUGAAGAACAUAUUAGGUUGUUCCAAUGUGAUCAACCAUCAUUUAGGACUAACUAUAUCCAUAUAGUGAAAACCUUGCAGUUUAUGAGGCUUUGUGAAGGUGAUUUCAGUUCAUUUGUGGGGAGUAUAAAUUGAAAUGAUACACAAAAUUGCACUACUUUUAUGCUUUAUAUAUGGAAUAAAUGUAUUCACUGUUAAAUCAGCGCCUGCAUUUAUGGGAACUUGUGAAGAUAGUGGUGUUAUGAUUGCAAGUGGUGAAAUCGAUUGUAAAUAUUUAGAAAAUCCUUCCGCCUAUAACAUCCAUAAAAACCCCGAACGCUUCUGUAUGCAGUAUCAAAAAGAAUGCUGUAUAACUUGUACCAGGAUAAAACAGAAUGGUUACUAUACAACAAAGAGUACAGCUGUCUCUCACACUUCGACAAAGGCAUUAAGUCCACUAUCAGUACAACCGACAGAGGCGUGCAUAGAUACCGGAGUAUGGAUAGAUGGCUUAGUUGAAUGUAGCUAUCUGGAACGACCAUCUAGCUAUAAUAUCCAUAAAAAUCCUGCUGGAUUCUGUCAUAAAUAUUUCAACGAAUGUUGUGUUACAUGUACAAAAUUAAAGCAGAAAGGAUACACUGCAGUGGAAAGUGCUUCGAUAGUACCAACAGUUGUCUAUCAUACUUCAGCAAAGGCAUCUACUCCACUUUUAGUACAACCGACAGAGGCGUGCAUAGAUACCGAAGUAUGGAUAGGAGACGGCUUAGUUGAAUGUAGCUUUCUGGAACAACCAUCUAGCUAUAAUAUCCAUAAAAAUCCUGUUGGAUUCUGUCAUAAAUAUUUCAACGAAUGUUGUGCUACAUGCACAAAAUUAAAGCAGAAGGGGUAUACUACAGUGGGAAGUGCUUCGAUAGUACCAACUGUUGUCUCUCAUACUUCAGCAAAGGCAUCAACUCCACUUUCAGUGCGACUGACAGAGGCGUGCAAAGAUACAGGAGUAUGGAUAGGAGACGGCUUAGUUAAAUGUAACUAUCUGAAACGACAAUCUAGCUAUAAUAUCCACAAAAAUCCUGCUGGAUUUUGUCAAAAAUAUUUCAACAAAUGUUGUGCUACAUGUUCAAAAUUAAAGCAGAAUGGAUUUAUGACCCUUAAAUACGCUACUGAAAAUACAACGGAGAGUACAUCGACAACAGAAAAACCAAAGUCAUUAAAAACGACAGCUUAUGAACACUUGAAACUACCAAACUUUGUUAUAAUGAUCAUAAAUUUUGCACUCAAGGUUAUCUCAGGUUAAUAUAUAAAAGUAAAUAAUAAGGCUCUGAUUUAAAAUUGAAAAGUAAUGUGGAUGUAUUCAAUAGCAAAUUAUAAGCUAUUGGUUUUGCUCAUUGUUGAAGUCCAUAUAGUGCCGUAUAGUUGUUCACAUUUUCGUCAUUUGGUCUCUGAUGAAUAGUUGUGUCAUUGGCUACCAUACCGCAUCUCAUUAUCUUUAUAUAAAACGGGAUAGUACAUUGACAACAGAGAAACCAGUCGUCUAAAAUGUCUGCUAAACACAUAAAGAACUACCAAAUCUUAUCAUAAUAUGCUCAAUAAUGAUAUAUUGAAGACGUUUUAGGGUCAGAAAAAAUACUAAGUUAUAACAUUUCCAUACUCGUAGCAUACAUAGUUAAUAAGCUUGAGACAAACAGAAACUAUUCGUUAGUACAACACUAACGAUUAGAUUGUUUAAGAUCAAAGAUACAUGUUUUUAUGAAGUAAGUAUGAUAUAGUAUUGAUAAUGUAGAAUUAUCAUAGCCACACCCAACUGACGCUUGAAAUUGAUAAAGUGUUGUUUUCAUUUUUUACAGCACUGGGUUAUUACCGCUGCUGGUUGACUAUCAGCACCUAAGGGUAUCAUCAGAUCAGUAGUCGGUACUCGGUACUAGCAGGAUUUAUAACGAACCUUUCUUUUAUUGUCCGUUUAUGAAUUUAGAAAUUAUUAUGAAGUAAGGUUUCAAAUCCCUCAGUAAAAAUUGACAUCUUCAACUGUUCACACUCUUAUUCAUGCUUUGGUUUCAAGUAUUCGACUUUGAUCGCUCCUGGUGAAGAUAAAUCCAAAAAAACGUUUCGGACGCAUGAUAUUUAUAGUGUUAUUUUCAUUUUUUGUUGGUUUCUAAUGAAAAUUAAUCAUUAUUUUCAACAUAAAUGAAACUGAACGUAUAAAACCGUACAUUUCGCUUGCCAUCGGACAUCCGUUUGCUUUAACAGUUGUAAAUUAAAUGUGUACAAUCACAUAUAUUAAGAAAACCAAACGAAAACCAAUUAAACUAAUAUGUAAAGAUUUUCGGGUUUUCUACACACAAAAUUUCAGCAGCGAGCCACAAUGUGAAGCUUUGUGUCGAGCGGUUGAUAUUUUACGAUAUCUAUACGAAGAAAACCCGAUUAUCUGUUUAUCGUUCUAUUACUGGUCUUUUCCCCCUCCCUUAGACAGUUUUACCCUUGACGAAAGCAAGCUUGUUAACGUCUCCUCGCACAUUGUCACGUAAUAUUAGCAUUACACAUUUUUAAUUAGCAUCUUUUAGGUGCAAUGAAUCAAGUGAACGCAUUUGUACAAAACCUAUUGUAGAUAGCUAAAUAUUGACAGAAUCUGUAUGAAUAUCUUGUAUUUAUAAUAACAGAGUUUAGUGGGUACUUAAACUAUUUCUUGCCCAUCAAAUCCCAUAUAUUCUGUCGUGGCUGUAUUGAUACCUACCUCACUAAAUCGCACAUCGGAGGAACAGUUGUUAUAAGGGCUUAGGUAUGGGGAAGGACUAUACAAUAAACCUAAAAAUAUUUUGUCUUUUUCGACUUGUGGGAGUGUGUGUAAUUGCUUGUGUGUGUAACUGCUAUUGCAGUCAAAAUGACCUUUAUUAACAGAUAAUGUUAACAUUGUAAGAUACAACAACAUGUAAUAAGGUGGAAUGGGUGAAAUAAUUAAUUACCAAAUAUUGCAUAAAAACUUAUUGAUAUGUACAUAUUUAAGUUUUCGUUCUUCUUGUAACAUACUUUUUUAUAGUUUU